GCGUACUAUAGUAAUAACAACAAUAAUAAUAAUUGUUAUUUGUUUAUAUUGUAUAGAUAUUCCUAAAUUUGUAUUUUGUUAUAAUAUCAUGGUUUAAAUAGUACACACAUUAUAGUCAACGUCAUUCCAUCAUUUCCAUCGUCGUCCGUCGGUCGACGUAAGUCGGUACUCACUGCCACUUGUCACGUGCCGCACAUUUGCCGUUUGCUCUAUUUACGUCUCCGUAGAAAAUUCGAAACAUCAAUCGAGAUGUUGCCGCAAGAUAGUGCCGUGGCCGGCCACCUGUUGCCGCGUUGGUGACAUUUUCAUCGUCCGUUAUUCUCACCUCAAAUUUCUGGACGAAGUGAAACACUUGACAACUUAACACUCCUCUUUUUAGUCCUAACCGACUCGUCGCCCACGGUUUGACCGUUGCACCUGUUUUCUGAUUACAUCAAAUCGAAAAUGGCUUGCUUCGGAUUCGACCGUGACGCGCCCGAAGUGCCUGGACAAAUCCGUGUCAGGGGGUGUACGGACAUAGUAUGGCUGUGCGCUUUUUUGGUACUCUGGUGUCUGAUGAUAUUUAUAGCUGUGUUUGCUUUUAUCUACGGCGACCCCCUGCGUUUGAUUAACGGCCAUGACAGUUUUGGUAACACUUGCGGUUCUUCUGGUAAUCCCAAAAUGGGCAAACUCUCCAAUUUGGAUACUACAGAUAAAAAAUUCCUAUUCUAUUUAGAUCCAGUCAACAUUGAACAUAGUAUGCAAAUAUGCGUUAAGCAAUGUCCGGAUAGAGAUAUAUUAGCUUUGGAAGACCUUCAGGAUUUUUAUAACCGAACUGAAUCAUUACUUUGCAGCUAUAAUUUCGAUUUGAACAAUUUCACUACCGAUGAAGCGCUUUACAAGUCUAAUAUUUUCACUACAUCUUUGGGGCCUUGUCCCCCAUUUCCAGUUUACAAAAGCCAUCAUGUAUUGAAUAGAUGUGUUCCUGAAGAAUUGAACAAUCAAACAUUGCCUCUGAUUUAUAAUAUUUAUAGUAUGAUGAAUGAUUGGGAUUUCACAGAAGAAAUAUUGAAUGAUUUGUACAAAACUUGGCCACAAAUGUUGUAUUUCACUAUAUUAGCUUUUGUAUUGACGUUCAUCAUCAUUUUACUAAUUCAUUUCCUUACAAAAAUUGUAGCCUAUAUAUUAUUAAUUGGUGUCAGCUUGAUGGUUCUAGUAAAUGUGUUUUUACUUUGGUGGGAAUAUUUUACUUUGAAAAUGCGCCUAGACAACACUAUUGAGGCACAGACAUUAAGUGCCGAUGCUUGCAACGAACAUACUUUUCUAAUACUUUCCAUUAUUUUUACAUUAUUUUCGGUUAUUAUACUUUUGUUGGUUUUGGCUAUGCGUAAGCGAUUGAAUUUUUUGUCCACUUUGUUUCACGAGUCUGCUGAUUGUCUGUCUAAACUUCCAGCCUUAUAUUGGCAACCUAUGUGUACAUUUGCUGUGCUACUUGGCUUAUAUGCAUUUUGGACUGCUGUAAUCCUUCAUUUAGCCACAGCAAAUUAUCCUGGUACCAGAUCACUAAAAUUAGUAACAGAUUUUGUGGAGAAAAACACGACAACCAAUGAUUCAUUGAUUUCGGAAGAGUCUGAGAAACAUUUUAUGCCAUUCAUCAAUGCUGUAGAGUUUAAAGAUGCUACUUGGGUACGUUAUAUGUGGUGGGUAUAUUUAAUUGGCCUGAUAUGGUCAUCCGAAUUUAUAUUAGCAUGUCAACAUAUGAUUAUUUCUGGAGCAGUAGCAAAAUGGUAUUUCACUAAUGGAAAAAAUAAAAAAUCUGUUGUCCUUUCUUCAAUUUAUAAUUUGGCAUUCUACCAUUUGGGCUCUAUUGCUCUCGGAUCUCUGUUAAUCAUUCUAUUUAAAAUUCCCAGGCUUAUAUUGACAACAUGUCAUUCUAAGAGCAAUUCAACAAAAACAGAUAACCAUUGUAUAAAAAAGACGUGCACUUGUUGUACAUAUUCCUUUGACAAUUUUUUCAAGUAUAUCAAUCAUAAUGCAUAUACCAUAGUAUCAAUGGAAGGAAUAGGAUUUUGUUUAGCUGCUUCGAGGGCUUGGCAUGUUAUUGUUGGUAACGCUUUGAGAUUGGGUUCCAUAAACAGUAUUGGUGACUUCAUAUUAUUCCUGGCUAAGUGUUUGGUCACUCUAAUUAUUGGUUCUCUGGCAUUGUUUACAUUACGAUCAAACCCAGAAUUGCAUUUUCAUGCUAUACCAAUCAUCAUUAUAUGUAUAUUUACAUUUUUUGUUGCUCACUGUGUCAUUUCAUUACAUGAGGUGGUAAUAGAUACAUUAUUUUUGUGUGUAUGUGAAGACAAAAACAUUAAUGGAGAGAUGUGGCACAAGAGUCCAAUAAUAAAACUAUCUAAGUCUAAAAAGCCGAUUGUAAAAAAUUCUACCAACACACAAAUUGUAAAAACCAAUACAUAGGUUGUUUUAGCUUUUAAGCAGUUUACAUUUUUCCUAAGAUUCUAAGAUUCUUUGUCUUAUUUAUAGUCAAUAAUUAUUUUAAAAAUACUUAUUUUAUAUUAACUGACAUAUAUAUAUAUAUUUAUUAACUUACAUUAAGUUGCUUACUAUUCUAAUGAGCACUGUGCAAUCUGUAUGUCCUAUUAUUUAAAAAAAACUUGUUAAUGCAUUUAAAUAUAUAAUGAUACUUUUAAGCUAGACUAUAUUAUACAUUUGUUGAAACUUGACAUUUUAUUUUAUUUUAUUUUAUAGUAUUUAUAUAUUUAUAUAUUUAGACUAUUGUUGGUUUGCAUGAACAAUUGAUUUGGUUAAUGUAAUUCAUGUUUAAGGGACCAUUACUUCACCAUUGAUUCAUAAAAUGCUUGUACGGAAUGGACAAUGUUUUUAAAUAUUUAUUUAUAUGUUAUUUUGAAUAUUUUUAUAUUUUAAUAGAUUCAUACAACUUUUAUUUUGAUGGAAUAUGGAUAUUUAAUUUAAAUAACAAUUGUCUAUAUAAUGAAAAUAUUUGGCAAUAAUCUAUGUGUGGUGAAAAUAAUAUUUUUUGUGUUUUUAUACGAUUAUUUUUAAUAUGUAAAACUAAUACAAGGGCAUAAUUAAUUAUAACUAUUGUUUAAACUUUUAAAGAAAAAUUAUUAUGAUUCUAUAAUUCAUUUUACACUAAUAAUUAAAAGUAUGACUGUAUAAAAUAUAUGAAUUAUUCAAUUAUCUAUGUUGUAAAAUAACAACAGCUCUCUGGUAAUAAGGAUUAUCGUCCAUCACUUGGUAUAGUAUGUAGCAUAUUGACUAAGUACACUUGUUAUGCAGGGAAAUACAUAAGCUUUAUUAAUUUUAGAGGUUAAACUAACUUUUAUUUUCUAAACGGAUGGUUUACUGAGAGCUUACUAUAUGGUUUAUUUUAAUCAGCCAAUAACUUUUAGCAGGGACUAAUUAAACCCAAAUUCUUUGAUGUAUUUGAUAUUGCAGACAUUUCUGUUGCUAACAUUAACUAAUAUUUUUUUUUUAAGUUUUGAAAAUGUUCUAACUUUUUUAUUUAUUUAUUUUUGUAUGUAAUUUAUAUCCCUAUGUUUUUUUUUAAUUUUGAUAUUAUAUUUAAAUUUUUAAAAGAUUUAUUUUUUAUCAAUAAGUAUGAUGAUACUUUUUUUGUUGAAGAAUAAUCAUUUUUAUAGAAUAUGUACUAUGCACAAUUAUUGUAAUUAUAGUAAACUAUAAAUUUAA